AUGGAAGAAGUGCACGAGGAAUUUAAUAAAAUCAGUUUCAAUGGUAGCUAUACCCUAGGGCUUAUGAACCCUAGGCAUGUGUUGAUCCAUUUUGAGCAGAAAGAUGACUGCCAAUGUUGUUGGAUAAGGACGUUCUGGAAUAUUGGAGGGUUCUCAAUGAGAAUCUUGAAGUUGACUCCGGGUUUCCGAUUUGAAGAAGACCCGCCGGUGGUGCCUAUUUGGGUGUCUCUUUAUGAUUUACCUAUUGAAUUUAUGCAUCCGGAGGUGAUUUAUUCGAUGGCGACUUCUUUGGGUCAGCCAUUGAAGGUUGAUACGCCUACUUUGAACAUGACUAGCCCCUUUGUUGUGCGGUUUUGUGUCGAAGUCGACCUUACCAAAGAUUUGCCCAAAUCGGUGAGGGUUGGGAAGAAGGGUCGUAAACAUGAGCAAUUAUUUACCUUUGAGCAUGUUCCUUCUUACUGCGUUAAGUGUAGCAAGAUUGGUCACAAGGAUUCGGAAUGCCGGAUUGGAAAGUCGAUUCUGCGGAGUGACGAUGUUGAACCCUCACUUGGGAAGAAGAAGGGAAUUAAACUAGCUCCGUCGAAACCUAAGUUGGCUCUCAAGCGAGGUAAUGAAAAGCAUGGUUUGGAUGUGGAUACUCUGAAUUUAAAUCCUUUGAUUGCUAAAGGAAUUGAACUGGUAGCUAGGGAGUCGUCUGGUCCUUCAUCGCCACCUGCGGAAACCCUAGGCGCACGCACUCUCGAGGCCGAAGUUAUGGAAACCCUAGAGCAGCGACGGGUUGAAUCGACUUCUGGUUUGACUGUGAAGGAGAAGGAGCUGACCUUGAUUAAUCUCCAGUCGUCUCCUAAGAGGAAUGAGGUGGUUCCUCAAUAUGUAGUUAACCCUAUUCCUCCGCAAUAUGAAAAUAAAUUUUGGUGCUGCAAGAUGUGGAUGAUGGUGAUGUUGAAUUAUCUCUAG